AUUAUAUAUGAUAUUGUACUUAACUACCAUGGAUCAUUUUUUACUUGAUCUAGGAUGAGUAUGCGAAAAUAGAGCGACUAAAGUGUGAGGUGAAGAAUAUGUUGGGUGACCAAGAAUUGGAGCCUGUCAUGGUUCUCCAGCUUAUUGACGAUAUUCAAAGAUCGGGCCUUGGACAUCAUUUUGCCAAGGAAAUAGAGAGUGCAUUAAGUAGAAUGUUAUGCAACCUUGAUGCUUUGAAAUCAGAUCUUCACGCUACAUCUCUUGGGUUCAGACUUCUUAGGCAAAUGGGAUUUUUGGUGUCUCAAGACGUAUUUAAGCAAUUCAAGGAUGGAAACGGUAAUUUUAGGCCUUCUUUGUGCAAUGACAUAAAGGGGAUGAUAAGUUUGUAUGAAGCUUCAUACCUAGCUUAUGAAGGAGAGCAUCUCUUGGGCGAGGCCAAAGAUUUUACGCUAGAGCAUCUAAUUAAACUUCGUUUGGACAAUGAGGACAAACUCAUUUCUGAGUAUGUGCACUACAUAUUAGAGCUUCCACUAAGGUAUAGACUACCAAGGCUUGAAGCUAGACACUACAUCGAGACACAUCCAAACUGGGAAGAUACUAAGAAUAUACCGGCUUGGCUUGAGCUAGCCAAGAUUGACUUCAAUAUGACACAAUUGACUUAUCAAGAAGACCUACAUGAAAUGUCAAGGUGGUGGAAAGAUCUUGGGCUAUCAGAUAACUUGAGCUUUGCCAGGGACAGAUUAAUUGAAUGUUUUUAUUGGGGCAUUGGCACUUAUCCAUCAUCUAAACUUGAACAUAGCUUCUGCCGCAAGUCUUCAACAAAAUUAUGCAAAUUUGUUACCAUUCUUGAUGACAUUUAUGAUGUUUAUGGUCACAUGCACGAGCUUGAACACUUUACCAAUGUUGUUGAAAGGUGGGACAUCAAUGCUAUCGACGAUCUCCCAGACUAUAUGAGAUUGACCUUCCUUGCUUUAUAUAACUAUGUUAACGAGACAGGAUAUGAAAUUCUCAAGCAAAAGGGUCAUAAUUGUAUUCCUUCCCUUAAGAAGGCCUGGAAAGAUAUGUGUAAAGCUUUUUUAGUGGAAGUUAAGUGGUGCCACAACAGCCAAAUUCCAACAUUUGAGGACUAUAUCAACAAUGGAUGGGUUUCAGUUUCAGGGUCAGUUAUAUUAACGCAUGCAUAUUUCAUGGUGAGUCUAGAUAUUACUCCUGAGGCACUCGAUUGCUUGAACAACAACCACGACAUUCUACGGUUGCCUUCCAUAGUCUUUCGGCUCUCGAAUGACCUUGCUACUUUUGAGGUAUAUAUGCAUUACAAAGCAUUAUUUGUCACAUAUGGAUAA